CACCUACUAUGGACGAUGCAUUAUCAGUUUUUCAAGAACUGAGCAUUAGUUCACAAUGAGAUUCUUUGUGUUGUGCUUGUGUUUGGGUGCUGUAGCUUCUGAAACUCCAUUCGCUGGGUAUGCCCCAUCGGGAUGGCGACCACAGGGCGCGCAAUUGCGAUUACCUACCGAGUAUGGAGCACCGUUAGUUCAACAGAAAGUGGACGUUAAAAUCACCAAAGAGAAUAUCGCUCACGCCGCUGAGAUCGCUGAAACUACUACAGAACUAUUCCCCAACAUCGACUAUCUACCACCAACUACUACUGAUUUGCCGGAACUUGAUCCAAUUCGGGUGCAGGGAUUGCCUGAUAAUAAACUCAGUGAUUUUCAACGAUCCAACUCCCAGCAAUCUCCCCAAUUCAAUAACAAACGUGUUAAACCACUACCUCAAAUCCAGCAACAACAACCGAUAUUCCCCAUAAGUGCACAACUUCGUGCUUUGGCUGCCAAUAAUUUCCAGUUCGGUCGCCAGGAACAAGAGUAUCCUUCUAACUCGUAUGGAGUCCCUACUAAAAACAACCCUGUCGACGAUAAUGUGCCCGAAGAUCCUCAAACAACCGACCUACCAACUGUGGACGAUAAUGAGGAUGAACAGAAUCAGCAAGCAACGAGCGAUGGCCAAACGGUUAUUACCGUGUCUAACGCAUUCUCUGGGCAAUACUAUGUUCUUGGCCCUGACAACAACCUUCAGCGAGUAAUGUUUUCGACUUCCCAGUCUGAUGAGGACCGUCGCAAUAUGGGAUUCACUGCUCAACUUCGUUAUUCGGCGGUGGAACCAAUUCGAGGUCCUGUUUACGCGUACAACGAACAAGGUCAACUGAUUAGAAUUUACAAGUAGUUCGCAAAGACGUAAUAAACUUCAACCUCAUGCACCGCGUUUCGUUUCAUACUGUUAAGUGUAUGCUGUUUGUAUUUUGCAUCUGUACGUAAUUUAUUGAUUUUACGCUUUGAGCGUUUGAGUUGAAUAAAUCCGCUGAGUUUUGUUAGGAUUCCGUUGGAUAUUCGCGACAA